AUGACACAAAUAAGUUUCAUUGUCAUUGAACUUGUUUUUCAACGAUGUGCUUCUAAUCAGUUUGCUGCCGGAGCAUGUGUGGCUGCAACCGACAUUUUGAAAGGUGCAUGCAAAGCUGAGAGUCGUACGUGGUACAGGAAAGGUUGUCCAAGCAAAGUAGGAUUUCUGGCAAUUAUACUAUUGGGAUUGUAUAUCAUAAUGUACUCACCAGGAAUGGGAACUGUGCCAUGGAUUGUGAACUCAGAAAUAUACCCAUUGAGAUACAGAGGCAUUGGUGGAGGAAUUGCUGCUGUUUCAAACUGGACCUCAAAUCUUAUAGUGAGCGAGACAUUCUUGACAUUGACUGAGGCUCUUGGCUCAGCGGGCACAUUCCUGCUGUUUGCUGUGUUUUCCUUCCUUGGACUAUUGGCCAUUUACUUCCUUGUGCCAGAAACCAAAGGACUGCAAUUUGAGGAGGUUGAGAAGUUGUUGCAGAAUGGGUAUUCACCAUUUAUUAAGAAUAAGCAAGGUUCCAAAGAUGGUGAUUCUUCUUAA